AUGUAUACAAAGAAAGCGACGACGAAAACCACUAUCCGCCGGAUCCAACCACCUGCAGGUCCAGAAGAAGAUGUGCAGCCCGUUUGUGUCCGCAGAAUUCCACCACUGUUCCCUCCUCAUCUUUGGAACGUGCACUUACAGACCUUGGACAACGAGCCUCGAACCAAUAACCUCUGUGAGGCUUGGAACCACAGCUUCCAGAAACUCAUCGGAUAUCAUCACCCGUCGAUCUGGACAGUGAUAGACCACUUCAGAAAGGACCAUGCCAUGGUUGAAACUGCACUGUACCAGGAUUCCCAAGGCCAACCACAGAGAAAACGAGUGAAGCGAGCCACAAAGAACAUCCAGGAGCGCCUUCACAACUUGUGCCAGGAUUACUCAGGAGGCAGAAAGACCCUUGCAGAGUUCUUGCAAGCUGUUGGAAACUGCGUCCGAUGGAAGCAGAAAUUAAGUGCUUUGUGA